UGUUCCCCGUUAUUCCCGGCCUUCCCGGGGCACCUUCUCCACCAGCUCCUGCAGGGCGCUCCGGGCCCGCUCGAAGUCGCUCUUGGAGACGCUGCUGGAGGCGUCGAGGAGCAGGAAGACGUUGAGGGCGGCGCCGGUGCCCACGCGGAUGCGGCGCUUCUCCGUGGCGCCUGCGGCAGCGGCGUCACCAUGGCCGUCAUCAUGGCCGUCAUCACCAUCGUCAUCAUCAUCGUCAUUGUCAUCAUCAUCAUCAUUGUCAUCAUCGUCAUCAUCG